AUGGUCUUUUGCGGGAAACCGAGCAAAGGCUGCGGUGAAUGCCGAUCGCGAAAGAUCCGUUGCGACCAGGCCCGGCCAACAUGCUCCCAGUGUAUCAAGGGAAACCGCGUGUGUCCCGGAUAUAGAGAUGAAUUGUCGUUAAUGUUCCGUGAUGAAAGCCAACAGGUCGUCCGGAAGGCCAAAGCCGGUAACGCCGGACGACGGGCUAGAAAGGCCCCUAAAUCCACGCGCAUGCUUUCCCCAAGCGGGAGUAGCCCUCAAGGGACCACCACGUCUUCGUCCCUGGCAAGUGACAUAUCGGAUUUCAACGAUCUUUCCGAUUUGUAUCCAUCGCCACCGGCGGCACAGCAAGUCACCGGCCCCAUAUCCCCGAAAAUUGCACCUCCUCCAUCAUACCAAUUCACCGAAGAUGAAGCCGUGUGCUUUUUCCUUCGCUUUAACGCGUGGCCCGGGGCCUGUUGGAUAAUGGAAUUCUCACCGGAUUUCUUCGUGAUUCCAGAGGUGACUCUCAGCCAGCAGGCAAUGAAGGCGAGCCUUGUUGCGGUCGGGACUGCCAUGCUUUCGCGUAUCCGACAAGAUGGACCUCUGAAGAUUGCUGCGGAGAAAGAAUAUGGCAAUGCUUUGAAUCUGAUGUAUACCGCUGUGAUGGAUGAAGAGGAGGCCAAGUCCAAUCCAACCCUCGGUGCGGUUCUGUUACUGGCUAUCUUUGAGGUAAAUCACACUCGUCUUCUUCCCCUCACUCACUAG